AUGCACGCCAUCAUAACAGAACGAGAGACAACCGGGCAAACUCAGGCUGGAGGCGACGACGACGACGACGAUGACGGCGAAAUGAACGCCUCAGCGGGCUUCCAUCUGGCCGUCCAGGAUGCUCCAGAUAUAGCUGGAUACUACUCUCGGAUAUUCCAGAACUCUGUCGGCAACGGACCAUACGGUAUAAAGCCCAUUUUGGAUAGCUUGAUGCAGACAAAACGGAACCAGCUCGAUGACUGCCCCGGCUAG